AUGUCUGUUAAUCUAUACUGCCCAUCUACUUUUGUCGUAUGUGGUCUAUGGGAGUGUGUUGUUAUGAGUCUGUCGUCUGUAGGUCAGAUUUGUGGGCGUAUUUCAGUGACACCGGUAGUGGGGACAAGAAGAGAACAGAUUAUCAAAGCCUUUUGGUUGCCUAAUUCCAUCAAGCUGUUGGCUGUUCUAACUGAUCAAUCAGUCCAAAUAUUCGAUGUAUUUGACAGUCCAAAUAAGCCUAAAUAUCAUUUUAAACCAGUUGAUGGAAGCUUUUGUGAUGCUACUUUUAUUCGUUUACCACAAUCUACACUAUAUCCAACUCAAGAACAACACGAUAAUAAUUUUGAAAAUUUGAUAAGUGAUAAUCCUUUUGAGUGGGAUAUUCACCUUUUAGUUAUGGCUAAUAUGGGAUCUAUUUUACAUCAGAAAUUAUGUCCUGAUUGCUUAUCGUCAUUGGGUCCAUUCUUUCUGGCUGAAUCAUUGGAAUGGGAUACUGCAAGCUUGUUGAAAGGCAAAAUAACAUCCGAUGAAUUAGGUCCAAUUCCUGAAUUAACGCGAGAUCGUGUAACUGGUGUAUUAGGCGGUGGUGGAGUCAGUCUACAGUAUAUCAGUUCAAUGGGUCUUUUACUACAUGCUUAUAAAUCUGGACAUUCAGUUGCUAGUGGUAUUGAAUUAUUUGCUGUGGGAAGUGAUUCUUCUUCUCACUCACAAGACAGAAAUAAACUGUGUAUUACCCAUUCAUUCCUGUUAGCAACUGGUCCAAGAGAAGUGAAAUCAGGUGAUGGUACUGGAUCACCUGCUAAGCCUCUUAGAAAUUUGUCUGUUGUCUCAUCGGAAACGUCUCAUAGUAAUCCAGAUAAACUGUUAAUCUCAUUAAUUUUGGCAGCUCAUUCUGCUGCUGCUUCUGACCCGUCUUUACAGUCAACUAGUAAAUAUCUAUCUACUCAGUUGACUUGCAAGCCGUUUAUUCCUUGUAUUGGCCCACUAUUUCGUUGGACUGAGGUUAUGGGUGAUCAUCCAGGUCUAGUAAAUUGCAUGUCGAAGAUGAAUUCAGCAUCUUCAUCGUCAUCUAAUUCACAACAUAAAUCCUUCUUAAUGGCAUUUGAACCUGAUCAAGUAUUGGUACAACAUUUAUCUGUUCAUCCUAAUUCACGUAUGUUCAAUAUGUAUGAUUCAACAGUUACCAAGUUAACACUUGCUACCACUGCCACAUCCUCUUCUACUGCUGCUUCUAAUUUUACACCCACUAGUACUACAAAUGCUUCUAAUCUGAACGAAAAUAUUAAAGUUAUCAACUCAGAAAAGUCUAGUGCUGAACCAGCUUUUUCUCCUACAGAACAGUUCCUGGAUUCAUUUUCAUUUCAUUGGUUUGGCUCUCCAGGAUAUAUGAGUCGUACAAUGACGUUUUUGUUAACAUCCCAUGGGCAUAUACUGGCCAGCGCUUCUGUACCUAGGUCUUCAAUUUAUACACUGCAAACCACAAACCGCAAUAAGUUUGAUGAUGAGGUGCCUAAUUAUGAAUUGUCUGUAAUUCCUGGACAGUACUGGCUACAGAAAGAUUUUCACAAUAAAUCUGUGUUAACUGGUCAUUUACUAAGUUUUGAUUGUCCAUUGUUCGAUGGUCCUAUUUCAAAUAAAUCUCUGGUACAUAGCCUACCGAAAGGUGCUUUGUGGGAUUCAGCAACGACUUCAACCUAUCAACUCUCUGAAGAUGUUGAGCAUGAAAAUCGGACAGCAACCAUUGGAAGGAAACCGUUAAUCACCUGCAUUUGGUACUUUACUGUUGACUUUUUCGAACAUGUGAUCGAAACAAAUGAAGUUGAUUUUGGCGGUCCAGACCUUUUGCAAUUUUACAAUCAUGAACAACUUAGACGUCGUUUAACAACUCAAGGUAAUCCUGUUACUGGUGCUGGAACAUGUACACGUAAGAUUAGUAGUACUGUUAAUAAUAGUCAACAUCGGGAUGAUAAACAUAUUGUACCGAAAGUUUUAUCUGGUUCUGCUACAUCUACAUCGACUGGAUUAACAAGUAGUAAAUCAAAAGAUUUAACUGCAAUCAUUGGACAACAACAACAACAUAUUGCUUAUGUGAUUGAUAUAUACAACCGUUGUCCAAAUGAAACUGUACUGGCUGGUUUACGUGUUACACUACCGAUACCAAUCGAUGAAAAUGCGAGUCGAUGGCCACGAUUUUCAAGAACUAUUCUCGUUCCACUGCCUUACCCAGGAGUUUCUUCUCCUCGUACAAUUGAUCUACCAUUAUACCGUUGUGAAAUGCUGAAAUCCACUAAACUAUUACAACUAGUUGUUGGCACAAGUGACGAUCCUGAAGACAUGACAAGCAUAGAUUGUAUCAUGGUGUAUUGCCUGGCUCGUGAUACUCUUUUUUCGUUGCAUCAGGUUUAUCCUUUUGAUACAGUCAACGAAUCACAAGCAGUGAGACUAAAUUAUUCCUGCCAUAAAAGCGAUAAAAAGUCGAAAAAUAAGUCUCAAUUUCUGUCAGCCAAUACUGAUAAAAUUAAAGGUCCUAUGGACUUAUUUGUGAUGAAAAAUAACUCUUUGAAUAAUAUUGGCACUGAAGGCUUCAAUUCUGAUGAUGAUAAUAAUACUAAUGAAGAUGUGGAAGAACCCAAUAAUUCAGAUGAGUUUGUCAAAAUGAAUUGUAACACUUUUGAACACUCAUUGGCCUUCAGACUGGAUCGCUUAUUCAGUACAGGUUUUGUCACAGAUUUAGUUCUUACUGAUAACGUCAAUAACAAUAACCACAAUAAAUUGUCACGAUCUUAUAUGCCACAACUGUCUAUUGCUAAACCGUUCCCAUCCUCACCAGCUACAAUGCAGACAUUUACGAACUUCAUUCAUAGUCCUUAUUUCACAUGUCUUGGAUCAUCAUCUUCUGUUCCUCUUAGUUUGGUUUCGAACUAUUGUAGUUUGACAGCUGCCAUCACUAACUUGUUAUGUACAGUCGUUCAUAUGGGUAUUACUUCGAAAUCUAAAGAACAUAAUCCUAAUAUGACAGGAGUUCACUUACUUAUGUGCAGUUUGAGACAAAUGUUAAAUAAGUACUGUUCUACGGAAAAACCAAACCAGUCGAUAGAAAAUGAGAAGCAAUCUCCUAUUGGUUUGAAAACUUUAUGUACAGAAGCUAAAACGAAUCCAUCUCUACGAGCUAGUUUUCAUACUAACGUGUUUUCUAGAUAUCGAGCAAGUAAACAGAUUCCUGCAAAUAUUGAAUCUUUCUUAGACAGAGUAUUAUACAAUCAGUUUGAUGACUCCCAAAAUCAGCUAACUAGCUUUCUACAGACAUCUCCAUAUGAUACUAGAUCUCAUCAGUGUGAUAUAAUUACGAAGCACAACAGCGUCUUGAAAUCCAUUUAUUUAACGCAUCGAUUUUCAACUCAAAUUUAUCAUUUAUUAAACAUCAGUCCACUGGGCCUAAUCAAAUGGUUGUCAAAAUAUGAAAAUAGCAGUGAUAAUGUGUUUUGUUGUAUGUUGAAUCAAUUAUUCAACGUAUUCGUCUCCAGUCUACCAGUAAGCCCAAUUCCGUUCCAUUCAAUUGAUCCAAUAUGGGCUGUAGAAUUUGGUGUUUUAUCUCCUGCAGUAGAACAGUCUACUAAACAAAACAUUCCUCAUUCAACAUUUACCGUAUGUACUGAUCAUAACUUUUCAUUUCACUCUUCGUCACCACCAUUCAUGUUAGAUUUUAAACCCAAGUCAUACUUUAAUCAGUCUAUUCAACGCUUCAUAAUACCGCUAACACGUGCUAUAUACACACUUUUAUUAAGUUCAACUAUGAAUAAUAUUAUACAAUCUAAUAAGGAUACUGAUUUAGACGAAUUAAUUAUGACAAGUUUGAUUAAACCAUCUGGAGAUGACAAUGAACAAGAUGAGGUAUCAAACGUUGAGUCAUUGAAUUAUGGGAAACUUCUGAUUAAAUUAUUGGUACAAUCUAAUACUUUAGUUUCCUGUGCCACUCGUGAUGCCCUAUGUCGUUUACUCCUUCGCGCAAAACCAAAAGGUGGAGUUGUUUGGUGUAAAACCCAUUCCUCCCUAGACCGUCGAUAUCCUUCCUGUUUCAGAAAGUCAAGCACUUCUCGUCAUUCCGAAAACAAAUCUACUAAGGUUGUCUCAGAGAGGAGUGUGACUCAAGCGGUGAAUGCUGAAUCGUUGUCUAUACAAGGUUCUAGUAUGGUAUAUGCUCCUCGUAGUUCUCACUCAAUAUCGACAAGUACUGCUUCUACUUCUGGAAGAACUUUUCAGUCAAGAACUACACCAUAUUCUGGUCGUAGACGUCCUCAACGCGAUUAUCAUCUCUUACAACCGACUCAGUUGGUUGAUGCACUAUUAGCGGAUGGUCAUCCCAACUUUCGAGAUUUUAUUUCUCGUGACCACCUGUAUGAUCUUUUUAACCGUAGAGUUACAACAGGAGUUGACAACCGUCAAGAUGCUUUUGGUAGCUGGUAUUCACGAACUGAUAACUCUAUCAGACCACGUAGAUCAAGCCACUUCUUGAGGAUUUUAAAUCGACCUCCUUCACUAUCAGUUUGGCAAGGUGAAAAUAGGUCUCCGCCCAGUACAGCAGCUUUUAACACCAACGAACCAAUUCGAUAUAUGGAUAUGGAAAAUGAUGUUUUAGAUGAUUACGGUCAGUCAGAAAUGAAUUUAGAAAGUGAUAUUGCUUCAGACAAUCACUUACUACCUGAAUUUAUUGAUCUAGGGGAAAGUGAUCCUCCUAUUUCAUCACUAACUGAUGAGAGUGAUGAUGACAGGGCAUAUCGCAUUCUACGUUUGUGCAGACGCAUUUGGGGUUCUCGGCGAAUUGUUUCAUUGAGACAGAUUGUGGCAGAUUCUGAAUCUGGUGGUGAAGCUGACUUUGAUUGUCGAAUAAGUCUUGCGGCGAAUGAAAAUGAUGAUAUUGCCGAGACUGAGCCAGAGAAUAUUGACGGUGACGAUGAUGACGAAGGAGAUGAAGAUGACGAGGAGGAUGAUGAAAAUGAGAAUGAAGAUGAUCAUGGUGAAGAUGUAGACGUAGAUAACGAAAAAUAUGAUGAUGAGGGAGAGGAAGAAGGAGAUGAUAUGGAAGAUAGUGACGGACAGUUGGGGUUGGAUCUAAGUGAGGACUUAACAAGUGAGACGACUUUAUUGUUAGCUCAGUUGGUUGCUGAAUUCGGUCAUUCUGGUGUUAAUGGUCAAGAAUCCCUUGUCGAUCAACUAGGUAUUAAUUUUUCUGGAUUCAGUAGGAGUUUUCUGAAUAGAACGCAAAGAGCAACUCAACAUACAACGACCACAACCACAACACCAAUUACCGGAGCUAGUGUAUCAGUCUCUAAUUCACUAGCGUCUUCUACUAUGACAGCUACAUCAACAAGAAUGCGGGAAGUUCCGAUGCAGGAGUCAGUUGAAAGCCCUACUACUCCACAAUCAAGCACUGCAGAUUUUAGACAUAGUCCUACAUCCGCUCAAACAGAUUCCAGAGUUCAUUCAAGCACUGAUCCCGUUAGAGAAUGGGACGCACAUAAUGACGAGAAUGAAGAACCAAGAGAAAGUACAAGGCAACAAGAAGUUGAUACUGUGGCUGAAGGUGACGAAGAAGCAGUGGAUAUACAUCCAAACAUACUAGAUUUAGAUGAUCCAGAGCUAGGCAUGGAUAUGUGGGCAUUUUCUGAUAAUGUAGAAGAUGAUGUGUUAUUCACUCUAGCCUUGCAGUUAAGUCUUCGUGAUCAAGGCGGUCCAGGUACCAGAGAAAGCAUUGAGCGAAGUAAUCGUGAGCCAACUGGUACUCCAUACCUUCAAUCUAUCUCACAGGAAGGUGUUUCGAUACCUGGAAAUGAAAUUACUGAGCAAGAUGAAUCAAAUAAUGAACAAGAUUUUGUGGAAUGUGAACAUCAAGAUCAACGGACUAAUUGUUCUGGUGAACCAGAGCAUUCAGAUACAAAUCUGACACCUACCAAUUCUGUUUUCCCAGAAUCACUUAAUCAGCCAGUUGUCACAACGUCAUCUUCAAACCCUAAUGACUUGAACAAUCUGCAUCAUGAGGAAAAAAAUGAAAACGAUGAUGAAGAGCUACCUGACUUGCACUUUUUAUUUGCUGAGACACCAUCUUCACCUAAACCAGUAGAUGAAACGCAAAGUCGUAAUUGGAGUGUUGACCAGUUAUUAAAUAUCACCGAUGGCGAUGAAGAUAACGCUAAUUUAAAUGUUAAAUCUGAUGAAAUGAUGUUAAUUGAUAAUGAAGACACACAAUCAGUUUGCAGUUCUAGUGGCAGUGAUUUUGACAGUGCACCAGAAUCAAAUAUUAUACCAUUACCAUGUCAUCAGGAUACUGCAAUGUUUAUGCGUUGUAUAAAGUGUGGUUUGAAAGUCACUCGUGUUGAAGAUUAUGUCGACAAUAAUUAUAGUGAUGACGGUGAUUAUGCUGAUGACGAUAAUCGUAUCCAUGACCAUGAUCCUCCCCAUGAGUAUGAUAUAACUAGUGGUGGUGGCUUUGGUAAACAUUCUAAUCAAAUUGAUGAUGCAAACAACCUUCACUCUCAUCAUCAUCAUCAAGAUAAUAAUGAUGAUGGAGAAAAUGAUCAAAAUAAUGAACAAGCAAUCUUAUCUUCCAUAAAAUCUUUGAAGAAACUUCGUCUUGAUCCCGAUUAUCGUAGACAAAAUUUGGCUUUAUUAUUCUGUUUAAAUCUGGCCACACAUUUAUCACGUGAAUGGCCUGAUAUAAUUAACCAAUUUAAGCAAUCCAAGUGUUCCCUAACUACAUCUCCAGGUUCUAGUCAACACUUUGUACCUAUUCUACAAUUCAUUAUUAGUCUAAUACGUGUUUUGCAUGCAAAUGCCUGCCAAUUAUAUGCUGAAGUCAUAUCACUGCAGCUACAUCAACAAUCAGUUACUGGGCAUUCGACUACCACUACUUCAUCUGCUCGUUUGAAUCAUCAAGAUAAAUUUUACUUGGAGUAUAUAAAACAGUUACUUGUAAUAAUUAAAGACACACUGAAACAGCUUAUUCGAGUACUUAUCCAUGGUGUAAUAAAAACUGCCUUAACUGCAUCUCAUGCAAAGUUAAGCAAAUCUACCAAUGGAGAAUCUGCUUCAACAGUACUCAACACUGUUCAUCUACGUGAAAGUCUUGAGGAAAUCGUUAAUUUGGAUUGCUCAUUGUUGUUAGAAUUUAUAGUACUGCAAUUGCAGGCACUAAUAGAAAUAUUUGGAUCAAUUCCGUCAUCAUCUGCUACCACCACAUGUGUUGCUUCCUUACCUUUAAUGAAUUUGUGGCUAUGUGGUGAAUCUAUCUCCGAUGACUGCAAAAAGCUGAACCAGUCACCAUUAGCACCACAACAACAGUCCAGUUUAUAUCUGGGGAUGACAACAGCAAAUGAACAGGCAAAUAUAUUGUCAAAUGAUGAACGUGAUCUGCGUACAUUAAUUGAUCAGAUAAUCGAAUUUUGUUUAACCUUAAUGGAAACGCUUUACGCACGCGUACUUAAAUUUUAUGAGUUCAGUAAUAGUGGCAACAGUGGUGAGAUGGGUGGCUUUGAACAAGGUGAUGUGAAAGACCUAAAAUGUUCAGUUUUCACCAAUUACCCGAAUGCUAUAAGUAAUCCAUUAGCGUGUGGUUUUCUACAAAGUAGUCUGUUCAGUCUGCAAAAUUGUGGUGAUACAGUGGCUGGUACAUUGGCUAGUGGUCUACUUAGUUGGUCACCUUUACUGAGUGGAUCACAUUGUCUUGAUUACAUUGGUAAUCCAAUGACAAGUCAGUUAGGUUGGCUAGCUACCAAAGCUUGUGUUAAACUACCCAAUAUUCUUUUGUACCUUUUAUCAUCUUUAUUGAAAGAUAAAAGUGUUUCAUCAUCUUUACUGCCGUCAUCAAGUUGUGAUAAACAGUCAUGCCAUCCUAAAGUAUCGUAUUUAUCUAGUGAGUUUGAAAGUCGUUGGUGUUCUGUGCUCUUUAACUAUAAAGAAUUAUUAAAUCAUCCCAACUUGUUUCAAUCUCAUUUUACAUCAAUGAAUCCAAUCAGUCUUCAAGGUAACAACAAUCCAGAGAGUAUGGAUUCGAACAAUCUUUUUCAGUUUAUAAAUGUAGAAGGUUCUCAACAGACCUCGAAAGUCAUUUAUCCUCUGGGACGGGAAUUACAGUCUCUAUUGGUAUCAAUUGUUGGACCUAAAAGUUAUCGUCAAUUACAGGAUGUUCAUCGUUUGGCGAAGCUUUUACAGCGGAUUCGUGACAUUUGUGUUAAUACAGGUGGUCUAGUCCUUCAUCUUGGUUGUUUUGGAUCGAUGCAGUUUACUACUGGUGGGCCACCAUGUACUUCUUCAAAUGAUACGAAUAAUUUAUCAACGAAUCUGAAAUUCCACUUAAACUCUAAUUCUACAACAGCUACUGAUGAUCAGGGAUUAAAUUCAAAUCGUGAUGCUUGUUUGCAUGAUGCAGACUUAUUUACCAGACAAUUACGUUUGCCAUACAUAGCUCAAAGGGAGAUUUUGGAAAAUAUAUCAUCCUGUUUGGUCAUCGCAGUACGGAAUACUGCUUAUUGGCAAAGAUUGUGUCUUCGUUCAUCAGGCACGUUAUUGUUUCUGUUGCACGCUAGUCUGGUUCUUGAUCGAAAAAUUGCUCGUAAUAUGCUGUAUUUGAUUCAGCUUGCUAUUUGCCCGGGUUCAUUGGAGUCACGUAAUUACGGCGCACCGAAGCAUUCACAUGAUUUUCGACGCUCAGCCUAUUCAUCGAUUCAAGCGACUGAAAUGAAAUUAUCAAGAAUUACAGCGCGUUAUUUAAUACAUUCUAGAAAUUCACGUAAUUCCACUUGUUCUGAAAUCAGUGUAGAUGAAAAUACACCGAAUCGUUUAGAUUGCACAGAAUUCAAUAUUUCACCACUAUUUAUUCAGUUUAUUCGAACAUUUCUAUGUCAAUGUCCUAAAAAGUCAAUUCGUGAUUCAGCUGCGCAUAUAUUACUUACAAUUUUCAGCUGUGUUUCUCGAGAAACGCAAUCUCAUAUUCUCGGUUUAAUCUCAUUCUUAUGGUCAGAAUUACCGACAUUUGUGCCUUACUCUAGUCAGUUCGUUCAACUAAGUAUUCAUUUGUUGAAUUCAUAUCCUAUGUGGUCAGGGCGAGCUCAUUUUAUCGAACAAGUUGUUUGGAUUUUAGUAAAACGUCUCGAAGCGCUCAAACGCCAUCCAAAUCGCACGCUUUAUUCAGUACUAAUGCACUUUGCUCAUUCCCAAAAAGGGUUUUUGCCCGGUGUCCUAAUUCCAUCAGAAUCUUCUAAAAAGAGUCGGUCAGUUGACCGACGCACUGAUGAGUUUGCAUUUCUUCAAUCUGCUAGCAGCGACUCAUCAACUACUCGUACAUGGGCUUCUGUUGCAGCUCAGAAACCAUGCAGCUCACAAGUUCCUCCAAGUAGUAAUGGUAGUAGUGGGGGACGUGUUGACACAACAGAAACUGGCCAACUUCAGUUUGAAUCAGCAGAUUCCAAUUUUAAAACAUUGAUGUCUCCGAAUUCAGCAUUCACAUUUGAACUAGAACCAUGUCUAUUGUGCCAUGCAAAAGCGAUUGAUGAACCAUUUUAUAUUAUACUUCGUUGGGAUUCUGAACCAAGUGUAUCGAGACGUUCAAUCCAAUCAGUGGUAUCGACUAUCUACAACAGUCGAUUUACACAUCAAUUUCAUCAGUCGUCUUUGGGCACUCCAUCGACUCAAAACCUCUUACGUACCACUGCACAACAGUCGAAUCUAAGCACAAAUGGAACAGAUAUUCAGUCCACUUCAAAUAACAAUCACACAUCUUCAAAUCCUGCAGUGCCGAAUGUUUCUGGUCUUAUCCAGACAACUUCGAAUAUACCCAGAAUUUCCACCACAUCAAUCAAUGCAACUACAACUACAACAGCACCAACGACUACUACAGCUAGUAGUAACGGAGUUGGAGUGUCUGGAUCACAAGCGAACCCAUUUUCACUCAUGAUUCCGGUUCAGUUAAAAUCACGUGCCACCUCUUCGGUUCAUAUUUUUGAUCUUGAGAGCAGUUAUUUAAUUUCACAAAUCACUGUCAAGUUUAAUGUUCUAUCGAAACGUCCACGGUAUGUUCGAACAUUGAAUGUGUAUACAUGUGAUCUCACUGAUCGUGCUUCAGCAAGAUUAAUUCAUGAACCACAAUUAUGGCAACCAGUUGCUUGUGUACGAUUUAAUCGAAGUCAAACAACAGCUAGAAUAUGUUUCUCACAUCCUUCACCCAUACCUACUUGGCUAGUUCCGAACCAAGAAUAUGCUACAGACAAGCGGAUUACAAUGAAUUCAACUUUGGUUACUGAUUCACUGAAUUUAAAACAAAGUCCUGGUCUACCUAUUCGUGCAUCACGUUUAAUUUUUGAAUAUGCAGAUUUUCAUUCAACUGGUCAAGAAGAACGUAGAGUUUGUCCACGUUGUCAUGCAUCUGAUUUACAAGGUAGUACGUGUAUGAUGUGUCGUAGUAAUGUGAACGAAUGUUUCCGGUGUCGUUCUUUGAAUUUAAGCAAUGAAGAUGUGUAUUUAUGCGCCAAUUGUGGUACUUCAAGACAUGGUAAAAUUGAAUUCAGCAUAACUGCCAGACCAUGCUAUUCAUUCAUUGAACCUUUACAUGAUCGUGAAGAUCGCGAGUCUGCCUGUGGUCGUAUUUUAACACUAUCUCGAGAGUUAGGUAAAACAUCUCAAGCACUUUCACGUCUUGUUCAAGUUGAUGUUACUGAAUGUCUAUAUAGGCUGUGUUCACUAGAUACUGGAGCUAUUGAUCUUAUCUCGAUACAAGAAUCUUUUGUCCCCAAAUCUUCGAAUUCAGUAUCAAAUAACACUUCAGUUACUGGAAAAAGUCAAACAAACGCAGUUUUACCAAAAGAAAUGCCACAAUCUGCAGUAUCCACUCCUAGUUAUACUGGCUUUGUUAAUCCAGCGAUAAUACGCUUGAUUAAUUCUGCCCUUAAAGCAAAGGCUUUAAGUUUAGAUGCAGCUGUAAUCGCACGUCGUUUAUGGGCAGCGCGUCAAUCUGUUGUAGAAUUCGAUGUAGAAGAACAACGGGAAUCUGUGAGUGGUACAAACAGUCAAUCUUUUGCCAAUGAAAAUAAAUUUCUGAGUCCUGAAUUUUCAAAUGACAACUCGGUGAAAACACGUUUGAAUUAUACAGAGCUCGAUAAAAUAUUUUACCCCUCUCUUGCUGGAUGUUAUUGGUGUUUAAUGAGUACAAUAUAUCAGUGUAGUCAUUUUCUACGAUGUAUUGCGGAAUUUACUUCGUCAACUGUCAUAAAGAGUUCAAAUAAAACAUGGAAUGAUUCACACUGGUUAUUUGGUGUUACAUCUGAUGAUGACCAUGCGUUUCGUUUAUUCAGUUUAUCACCAUCACUUCUAAAGACUACAGAAAAAACAUGCAUUACUUCCAUGGAUAUUGUGCAUAAUCUAGUCACGGAUAUAAUCGACUCUGGCUUAAAUAUCUAUCCUCAACAUCUACAACAAGAACUACGUGUCUUGUUAAUACAGUUAACUAAAGAUUGUCAACCUUUGAUUUCUCAUCUUGGAGAUAUACUUAGCGAUAGAAUAAUUCAAACAGCUAGCACUCAUGGAGAUCAAGCCCAUCUACUCGGACCAUUAUCAUACAAUGAUGUUUGCUUGUUACAAAGCAGUGUUGAAGCAAUUUUACCGAGAAAAUCACAACAUGCUCACUUGCGUAAACAGCCGAUAGACUUAAAAAGUGAAAAUUGGGAAGCACGACUUCGUCCCUUAUUCAAAAUUUUAUUGAAACUUACUAAUGACAGCGAUUUCAAAAAUACUGUUGGAUGUAAUCCAUCUGUUCCUGUUGUACAAAAUAUAUUAUUACCGCUUGUGGAAUCAUUGCAUCUGUUGGUUUCACAUAAACCUGUUAGUUCAGCAUUUUCAAAUUCAUCGUCAGUUCCAACUAUGCGAAUAGUCAACCAAUCUACUGAGAAUGUAAGCGAAGAAAUUGGUCCAGUUGGUGGCAACACUGUCGCUUCGCUAUCGAUCUCACAGACGGGAGCAAGUGGUGAAACCCAAUAUCAGUCGGUUGUUUCAAAUCAAGCUAAUUUAUCUAGUCGAAAUGUUCAUAUUUCCCAAGCUCCAGCUCAUCUCUCCUUUGGACAACUUUCACACUCAUGGGGUUUAGAUUCUAUUGGAUUCCAUUCAUGGCUGGCAAAUCAGCCUCAGGCUUCGUUCUCUGCUUGGAAAGAAUAUAUGUCAAUCCAAACAAACUUCAUGUCUAAAUCAUCAUCCCAUCAUGGUACAACCUUACCUAUACAAGAAGCUAACUCCAACUCACCUGAUCAGCAAGGAUUGCUAUGGAAAGAUAUAGAUAGCAAACAAUUUAAUCUAGUUGCUCAUUUUGCAAGGCGUUGGAGACAAAUUGUUGAAGAGAAACGUUGGGCAAAACGUUGGGGUGUGUCUAUAACUAGUCGUUCUUCCGUGGACGCUGGUCGUUUAUUUCCUGAUAGUUGGCUUACCAGGAUCUUCUUCUCACCCCCCGAUUCCAAUGCUCGAGGCGUAUACGAUUGUAUGAAACUGUUGAAACAGAUUACAUCAAACUUUUUAUCAAAGCAAAUCGCCUCAAAUACUAGUAGAGAUAGUAGUCCGUUAUUUAGACAAGAGUUCGCCAGUACAGUGAAUACUUUGUUCAAUCAACGCCGAUGUGCUGUACUACGAUUUCUUACUGAAGUCUGUAUUCCUCGGUUGGAUGAACUAGCAUCCACACGUGAUGCAGCUUUGUUACUGACUGAUAAUGUAUCGACAUCUUCCACAUCAUCAUCAGUAACAGUAUCAACUGCUUUGUCGUCUUCACGAAGUAAUUGUGUCACAACGUCGGCUGUUACUGCAACCGCUGGCGAUAUUUUUGUAACGGAAUUUUGUCAACUAACGAUGUCAGAACCGGAACAAUUUUCUGAUGAAAGUAAACAAAAACAGCAUACUAAUGCCACGACUACUGCUGGAGAAAAUACAAUUAUUUUUUCAAAAUCACCAUUUAUUCCUUAUUUACUGGUAAAAGGAGACUUCUUAGGUCAUGUUAGAAUUUUGAUGCGAAAGUUGUUAUUACAAAUGACUCGUAUCGAGUCUGCACGUAUUGGACAUUGGAAUGAAUCAAUGGCUGCAAUACUAAGUCCUAUAAGCGGUUCUGGUGCGUGUAAUGGAGGUGCUCCUGGCUAUGCAAUUGCCUUAGUUGCAGAAUUGUUAAGUGUACUUAAACCACUCAAGCAACUAACUAGAUCACAACAAAAUCAGUUACUUCGCGUUCUACUGCCGGCUUGUGCUCAGUUGAGGUAUUUGGUAUUUCAACGUACUGAUUGUACUGUCAAAGCUCAAUCUGUAUUUGAUUUUAUGCUCGCCGAACUGACAGGGGUUUCUGGUACACAGAUCAAAGAAUUUUUGUCUACUGUGUUAGACAUUCUGGCUGAGUACCCGAUUGAUGACCAUCGAUCUGCUACUUACCUAUUACAACGUUUAUGUACUCCUGUUUGUCCACUGGAUACUGAUCAGUCUGUUUUCCAAAUCAAAUUAGAAGUAUGGCGUCCGCAUGAAGACUACUUACUGGCUAGAUCAAGAAUUGAAAUUUUACCUUCGGAUACACGAGGUUUAGGUCCACGUAUACAUAAUUUGAUUGAUUAUAUCUGCGACGCUAACAACCUGACAACGGAUAUGCGAUUAGAAAUUGUAUGUGAAGGACAAAUUCUGAUGCCUCAACUACGUCUGCAUGAUGUUUACACUCAGAUAUGGUGUGCUAAUAGAAAUAAUGUGAAUAAACCAAUGAGAUUGCGAUAUCGUAUACCUGGAUUAGAAGCAGAUAAUCUACCUUAUGUGGAAAAUCUAUCCUCAGAAGAAAUCCCACCUGAGCAGUAUUCGCAUAUAUCUGUAUUGGCUACACAUCCGCAUGGAUUAGGAGACUUAUUGCGGAGAUUGGCUAGUUCACAAAAUGCUGUGUACAGUCAUGAUUUAAUGGAUGUUAUAGUACAUAUACUAGAGUACUGCUUGAAAACACCUGCGUGUACUGAAUGUCUUACAGAUCCCGAUAUAAAAGCAAUACCUAGAUUACUGUAUACACUUAUCAUAUGCCUUCAAUCAAAACACCAAAAAUCUACCAGCCAUUCUCAACAACAACAACAACUGUCAGCAGAUAUUCCUGAAGAUAUUACAAAACGUUUAAUUAUAGUGUUCAAGUCAGUCCUAGAAUUAGUUGAUGCCAAGUUGAAUGAUAGCGCAGAAAGUCAUCAGUGUCCUGUAACUUCAUCUCAAUCAGGUGCCACAAACUUAGUUGAUCUAAAUUCAGUACAGUUUUUGUUGAAUUUUGUUAAAACCCAACCGAAUGUACCAAAUAUCAGUAUAAAUGUAUCACGCUUACUUGGCUUGAUGACAUUUUCUGAUGAAGCGAAAAUGGAUGCAAUCAUCGACUUCUUAAAAGUAAAUUUGGAUCAGUUGAAGCCAUCAGCUCAAUUUACCUCCUCCGAAAAUGCCUUGUUAGAUUGUUGUUGUUCUUUACUGCUUGCCAUACCAAAAAAUAGUCGUAAUGGUAUACUGUUCAAGCAAAGAGUAAAACAGAAUGCAAUGCUUUUACAGACUAGUCUUCAUUUCUUAUGGGCAACAUUUCCACUAUCCUGCAUCGAUACUAAAAGCGAUCAGUCAUCUACUACAACCAGUUCUUCAAUAUCCAAUACAAAUGAUCCUGAGGUUACUAAAUUCUUAUCUGAGCCUUCAUUACCAUAUGUUUUACAAUUGAUGCAUGUGUCAUUGGAUGGCGAUCAAAAAGAGAGUAUUCUAAGUCAACCUGAGGAUGAAGUUGAGGAAGGAAAGACACAAAUUAAAGCCUAUCAAUUACUUCACUUAUUCCAUCAGUUAGAAACAAGUAAAUCAUCUGGACGUGUUGGCUUAUUGGCCGAAGAUAUGCUAAAUGAUUGGGCUAGUAAAGAAGAUAACACAACUGCUGUUCCUGGUACAGGAAAUCGUACAAUCGGUCAGGUUAUUCAUGAUCUACGCGAAGCAACUGUUCGACGUGCACGUUCACUGGCACAAAAUAUGCGUGAAAAACGUUUGCGUAGCCUUAACAUGCGUGUUAAUGAAAAAGGCCAAGUUGCAAUGGUUGAAACAGAUCGACUUAAUAAGAUGACUGCUGUUCUUCAGGAAGAAACAGGUUUAUCAUGUGUUAUAUGUCAUGAAGGACAACGUAUUGCUCCAAACGAAGCACUUGGUAUCUACGUGUAUGUUCGUCGGUGUGCAUUAGAAGAAAAUCUCUAUAUGACAGGUUGUGAAUCAACUAUUUCUACUAACCCUCCGUCAAAUACGCCCAAUGGUUAUUCAACACUGUCAAAUUUUGUAAUUGUGCAUUUUUCAUGCCAUACAAAGUCAUUUAGAUCUUCUUCGGAAAACGAAUGGACAGUCGCUCAACGGCAUAAUUGGGAUGUUGGUUGUAACAAUAUCUUGCCAAUAUUAAGUCCACCAACUAGUAGUAGAAGUGCUUCUACCAGUACCGAUGGUAUCUCGUCAGAUAAUAAAACUUCAUCAAAGACUGGACAACAACAAGCACCAGAUACUGUUUACGCUGGUCAUUUGGCUAGCUUCAUGGAUUUCAUUAUGCAUAAACUUAGUGUUUGUCCUGGCUAUGUAAUGGCACUACACGAUAUCAAACUGCUGUUAUUGCGUUUCGCAUGCAAUCGAACAUUUACUUUGGAAACUGGUGGUGGUGGUAAAGAGAGUAACAUGCAGCUAUUACCACACCUAAUGCAAGUCUACUUACACUCACUAUUGAUGAGCUCUCAUGUCGACCAAGAACUGGAAGCUUUAAAACAGUUUGCUGAAGUUCCUCCAGCUUAUUGGAUGAAUUCAGAUAAAUGUUGGAAUACUACUGGACCAUUAUAUCGUAUAGUAGCCGCUUUACAUUUAUGGUCACACGAUGAAUGGCUUAAAAAUCGAGUAAUCAUGUUGCGAAGUUUAUUGUAUAUGGCUGUGGGACGUUCAAACAACCCAACUAGUUCUAAUGAAGUUUCUAUGUCAUCAAAUAGCACUAAUGAUAGCCGAUUUGCAAUAAUUAAACCAUAUCUAAAUUACUUCGGUCUUAUCGAUUCUGCUUAUGAAUAUUUAUUCAAAAAUGUUCAAUUCAUAAGUACAACAGAGUGUAAAGCAAUAUCGAGUAUAUCAACUACACAGACGUCAUCGUGGCCUAUUUCUUUAUCACACUACAUUCGAACAUCAGAUGAAGCCUUAAUGAUUGCAGCUCCAAAGUUCCUGGUAUAUUUUGAGCAGAAUCUCUUGACAAUUGCAAGCAUAGAAGAAUUCCUAGAUGUUACAGGUCUAUUGGGAAGUGUCAGUUCAGAAGAAUUGGAAAGCAUUAUGGUCAGUACAGCUAGUCAAUAA